AACGAUAUAAAGCUCCGGAGAUCUACUCCCCUUGUGCAGCAUCGACCCAAUCUCCUCAACACCAGCCGCUGUUUGCAAGUUUGCAUCUUCGACAUGAACUCGUCCGCCCAAGCGUCGAACGCAGCCGUCUUCAGCGCGGCGACUGCCCCCGCGAACAGCGGCCAGGUGCGGUUCAGUCGCUCUUCUGCCACGGAAACGACUGCUCACUCCGCACCUCUCCAGCCCGUCGCCGCGCCCAGUAACGGUGUAGUAGCGAACGUCCUAGCCGCCCAGCCGGGCACCGCGUGGGUCUUAUCCGGCAGGAAGGCGGCGCAUCCCUACGCGGGCAAUGCGGACGAAGGAGAGCACGUGAGCCCGACGUACGAGCCCAACAACACGCAGAACGGAUGGCGCAGGCCGCUCUACACGGCCCGUGACUUGACGGUCGAGAGCGGAUGAACACCGGAGCCGUGCGCAACCGCGAACCAGGGCCGCGGACCUGUAAUGGGUGUGCGGGGCCUGGAAAUGGAACUGAUGGCGGGAUCGUGUUCGUUGUGUCAUGCGCCUACAGGGUCCGCUUGUAGUUUGCUUGGUUGGUCGGCGAUCGGCGCGAACAUUCUGCCGGCAUGAGUCGGAGUCGGGGCGAUAAGAGUUGGUACGCCGCGCGAUUUCAAGUCGUCUGGAUUGGUUCUUCCUGUCGUAUAUGUAGUGAUAAACUUGGGUGUAGCAAUUUCGGCGCUUCCGGCUUCGUAAAG